AUGGUUGAAUGGUGUGCUAUUGUCUACGAUAAGAAGGGAAGUGACAGAUCUCAAGAGAGACCUGCUCACUUAGCGGGAAUUCCUCCCUUGGUUGAACAAGGUAAGCUUGUGUGUGCUGGUGCCAUAUACCACGAUGUCGUGGACGGCAAGCCAACCAAUUUUGCUGGUUCUCACUUACAAAUCGUCGCAGACACCAAGGAAGAAGCCCUUGAGGUGAUUAAGAAUGAUGUGUUCGCCAAGAAAGGUAUCUGGGAUUUAGACAGCAUUUUGAUCUUCCCAUUCGGAUGCGCUGUCCGUAAAGAGAAGAAGUAG